AUGUCGUUGGUCACUCCGUUGUAUUUUAGUGCAGUUCAACCUAACUUUUAUAGAGGGUCCCAACCGAGAGAAAUCAACAUACCGUUUCUAGUAACUUUGGGAUUGAAGUAUAUCGUGUCACUCACGCCAAACCCAUUGACGGAAGAUCCAUGUAUGGAGGAGUUUUGCCGAGAAAAGGGCAUCGAGAACGUUUUUAUCGAAUGCAGCGAUGAGAAAGCACCCAAGGACAAGUCGAAAACUAAAGUGAAACGCAAGAAAAAGGCCGUUCCUAUCGAUUACGAUACCGUGGUGCAAUGUGUACAGUUUCUGGCUGACAAAAACCAUUAUCCAUGCUAUAUUCACUGCACUAACGGAGAAUUGGUGACAUCGCUAGUGGUGGCAUGUAUGCGAAAACUGUCGUAUUGGAGCACGGUGUCGAUAUUCAACGAGUUUCUGACGUAUAAUUCGAGUAUCAAUAUCCAUGAGCGUGGGUUUAUCGAGAACUUCAAUCUCGAAAUCGAUAUAAGGGACCUAGACAUGAAAGAUAAAGUUUCGUGGAUGAUCGUACGAUCCAGUAACGUUUCCGAUGCCAGCCACAGAGAUGGAAACAGUGUCGACGGAACACAGCACGCGGGCGCCCACAACUCCAUCAAAUGCAUCGGAAGUUUUCCAGGCAUGCUUCCGCGUCUCAAUUUUCACGGAGUGAGCAGUUAA